AUGGCGCCUUCAGUUUCUGAUAUUGUACCCUCCGUCACAGACGCCAUUGCAGAUCUCAAGUUAACGGCCACACAACAGGAUAAUGGCCCUUCAUACCCAUUUUACUACCCCUAUUAUGAUCCGAACGAGAAGUUUCCUCCAACGCAAGUCUACGAGCACACAGACCCCGGUGCUAAGGCGGACCGUGCAAAGCCACACUUGUUAACGCCCGAGGCAAAUAUCAGCCAUCUGAGCCCCUUUCUCGGGACCGAGAUCUCCGGCGUGCAAAUCUCCCAACUGAGCGAAGAAGGUCUCAACGAGCUCGCUCUGUACGCCGCGGAGAGAAAGGUCCUUAUCUUCCGCAAUCAAGACUUCAAAGAUAUAGGAGCUGAUAGGCAGAUCGAGAUCGCCAAGUACUUUGGACGAAUUCACAGGCACCCGACCUCGGGGAAUGUCAAGGGAUACCCAGAGUUUCACGUCGUUUAUCGGGGUGCUGAACAUGACAGGCUGAAGGAUAUCCUACCCGACGAACGCAUCAACCGAACCCAAUGGCAUUCCGACGUCUCCUACGAGAAACAGCCCGCAGGAACCACAUUCUUCUUCAUUCUAGACCAGCCAGAAGUCGGUGGGGACACGAUGUUCGCAUCUCAAGUAGAGGCAUACAACCGUCUUUCCCCCGAGUUCAAGAAACGCCUCGAAGGUUUGCGCGCCGUGCACAGCGCCUCUGAGCAAGCAGAGUCCUCCCGCAGGCGUGGUGGGGUCGUGCGUCGAGAGCCUAUCUUGACCGAGCAUCCUCUCGUUCGCCGGCACCCUGUGACUGGGGAGAAAGCACUCUACGUGAACCAGGGCUUCACGCGCCGCAUCGUCGGCUUUAAGACGGAGGAAUCUGAGUAUCUCCUGAAGUUCUUGUUCGACCACAUUGCAAAGGGCGCGGACUUUCAGAUUCGUGCGAGGUAUGAGCCUAGCACUGUCGUUGUCUGGGACAACAGAGUCACUGUUCAUUCCGCGACUGGAGACUUCAAUCCUGGUCAGAGGAGACAUGCGGUUCGCCUCACUCCCCAGGCGGAGGUUCCUAUCGAAGCGUAA